AUGAACAGCACGAUGGUACGGGAAUUCAUACUCUUGGGUUUUACUGACAAUCAUGAACUUGAAAUCCUCAUUUUUCUUGUACUCUCUGGGACAUAUACUUUGACCAUCAUGGGGAACAUGAUCAUCAUCGUGAUCACAUUGGUGGAUCACCGUCUCUACACCCCAAUGUAUUUCUUCCUCCGACAUUAUGCCCUCUUAGAGAUUGGGCUCACCACUUCCAUUAUUCCCAAAGCAUUGGCCAACAUGGCUAUGGGCUGCAGGAGUAUCUCCAUAUCUGGUUGCUUCACACAAUUAUUCCUGUACUUUGUCUUGGGGACUACAGAGUUCUUUCUGUUGGCAGUAAUGUCUGUUGAUAGAUAUGUGGCCAUCUGUCACCCUCUUCAUUAUUCAACUAUAAUGCAUCGUAAAGCUUGCUCGUUACUGGUGCGUGGCUCUUGGUUUGCAAGUUUUAUUUUGAUUCUGGGUCCAGCAGUUGCAUUAUUUCUGAUGCCAUUUUGUGGUCCAAAUACAGUGAACCAUUUUUUCUGUGAUAGUGGACCGCUGAUCAGACUUGUAUGUGUAGACACAAGUCUGCUACAACUUGCAGAUUUCUUCCUUGCCAUACUCUGUCUCAUUGGGACCUUGGCGAUAACCAUUGUAUCCUACGUCAACAUUAUUUCCAGCAUUAUGCACAUCCCAUUGAAUCAAGAGAGAAAGAAAGCCAUCUCCACUUGUUCCUCCCAUAUUAUUGUUGUCUCCCUGUUCUAUGGUAGCUGCAUCUUUAUGUAUGUGAGACCUUCAGAAAGUGAAGAGUUUGACUUCAACAAAGGAGUCUCCAUACUGAAUACCGUAGUUACCCCUUUGUUGAACCCAUUUAUCUACACUCUCAGGAACAAACAAGUGCAUGAAGUACUGAGAGAUGCGAGAAGAAAGAUAUUUGUUAGGAAUCUAAGAAGCUGA